GGGGAUCACGCAAUGUUUUGCAAACACAUUCUAAUAUUCAAAAAAGUUAGUCAGAAACUAACUCCAUAAACCAAGGAGAGAAAAGCUCUCCAUCUAAUUAAAACCAUAACCAAAGAUGCUCAUAUCAACAGAUUCCAUCUCUGGCAUAAAAAUUUGCAAAAGAAUAAACACAAGUCUUCACUUUCUUUGAGGAGAACACAAGCCAUGGAUUCAUUAAGAGGCCAAGGUGGGAUUCAGAUGCUUUUAACUGCUGAACAAGAAGCAGGCUGGAUCGUUUCAGCUGCUAGAACCGCAAAACUAGCAAGAAUGAAGCAAGCAAAAGACGAGGCUGAGAAGGAGAUGGAAGUGUAUCGGUCCCGAUUAGAAGAAGAGUAUCAGACACAAAUCUCUGGGACGGAACAAGAGGCAGCUGCAAAACGUUUAGAAGAGGAGACAGACGGCAGGAUCCAGAACCUUAAGGAGUCUAGUUCAAAGGUCUCUAAGGAGAUUGUCAAAAUGCUCAUCAAGUAUGUUACCACUACUGGAGCAUGAUAUUCUAAAUACACUCACCACUUAGUUCCUUAUUUUGUUGCUAUCUUGCUAUUUUAUUUUACUUAUUGCCAUGUGAUAUGCAAAACGACGUUGCAUUUACGCUCUAAUGUGAUGACAUACUUGAUGAUUUGGCAUGAAUAAAACUGUCCAGAAAAGUUUGAAAUUGUCUUUGAUGAAUCCACAAACCAGUUACAAAUACGAGUGUACACUACUGAUACAAUUAUCAAUAUUUACCAACAUGGCCACACAGUCAUCACAACGGCUAUGAUCAAAUUCUAAAGUACAAACAACAUUCUUCACAAUCAUUGUGGAUUGUGAAGUGAACCUUUGCAAUGAAUCUCCAGCUUUCAUGAAAUAGCGAAUUGUAUCUCGACUAUAUCUGAAUCAGUCACUGUAUUGAAU